ACCAUUUUUGGGUAUGGUGGCGCGGCAUAGGCGUGCGGAGGCUCGUGGAUUAAAUGAUUUCUAGUGAUCAAUUCGCGUUCGAAAGUAUUGCACGCUCGCCAGCGUGACCGUGUGCCGCGUGAGUGAGAACGUUUGAGUUCGCGUAUUGUUGUGCCUAGGUCCGCGUGUUUGUUUGCGGGGUCUUCAUACCCAAUGACUGGUCUCGGAGCUCCCACCCCCGCACAGGCUGACUACUGAUCCGAAUCGUCGUCGUCGUCACCAUUUCGCCGAGAGUCAGGUUGUGCAUUGUCUUGUCCCGUGCACAUCCGGCCCACCGGAGAGCAGGGUUGGGCCAUGCACUGAUCGGGUGGAGCAGCAGAAAAAAGCGAUCAAUUUAACAACCACCCAACGCCGUAGCGGCGCGUUGGUGCGUGAAAGUGGGUCAUCAAAGACCUUCUCGAGAUACCCGAAACCAGGCACGGUCACCCGACCGACCGGACGGAGGUGGCAGUUAGUCAGCCGAGAGCAUGUCGAUCGAUUUGCAGAAACAUCACGAAGCCAUCGUGGCCGCGUGGAAAGCGGUGGUUGAUCGCAAAACCGCCACCAACUGGGCCCUGUUCGGGUACGAGGGCCAGAGCAACGUGCUGAAGGUGCAGGAAACCGGCGAGGACGGCAUUGCGGAGCUGGCGGCCGAGCUUAACUCGGGCAAAAUACAGUACGCCUUCCUGCGCGUCGACAACACCGAAACGGGCAUCGUAAAGUUCGUGUUCAUCCAUUGGCAGGGUGAAGGCGCACCGACCGCACGGAAGGGAACAUGUGCGAAGCAUGUGCGCGAUGUAACGGCGAUACUUCACGGGGCUCACAUCACCGUGCACGCGACCAACGAGGACGACGUCGAGGAGGCGCGCAUCCUCGAGAAGCUGCAGAAAGUGGUGGUGAACGACUUCAAAGUGAAAGACUACUCCCAGGCAAGCGAGUCACCAAAACCGGUCGGGACGAACUAUAGUCGCGUGAACCCGACGAAGGAAAUCAACCCGGCGGAACGGGACGAGUUUUGGCGCAAGGAGGAAGAAGAGGAAAAGCACCGGCUGCAGUCCGAGUACGAGCGGAAGCUUAAUGAAACAGUAUUGCUCGAGGAGGAACGGCGACGGCGAGAGGAACGUGAGUUCGAAAAGCGAGAAGCGGCCACGGGUUCCACUCCGGGUGCCAGUGAACAAGUGACACCCGUCUCGCCCGAUCGAAGCUACGCCCGGCAGGCAUCCGAUCAGAGCAAAACCGAGCGGGAUCGUGAAAUCCGCCAGGUGGUCGAGGCGAGCGGCAAGGUGAGCAGCGCCAAGGCACGCUUCCUGAACAGCACUGCCCAGCUCAGCCCAACGCACAUUCAGGCGGAAGUGGCCCAGGAGCUAACGCAGGCACCCUUCUCACCGACCGCGUCCUUCGAGGAGCGUAGCAUCAUCAACGAGCUGAAGGCGGAACUGGAGAACGAACAGCGCUCGAACGGUGCCGGAACACCUCCGGUUCCUGCUACUGCCGUGGAAGCCACCACGCCGGACGUUACUUCCGAGGCCGAAACGGCACAACCGGCCACUGGCUCGGGACAGUACUUUGAUCCAAAUGCUACGAUCGAUCUGUCCGACGAGGACAAUAUGAUCCGGGCACGGGCCCUGUACGACUAUCAGGCGGCGGACGACUCCGAGAUUAGCUUCGAUCCUGAAGACAUCAUCACGCACAUAGAUCAAAUCGAUGAGGGCUGGUGGCAGGGACUGGCACCCGACGGAACGUACGGUCUCUUUCCGGCCAACUACGUGGAGUUGCUGUGAAAGAGCGCCGCACCGAGUGCGGUGUGUGUACUGCAUUUAGGAAUUUAUCGAUCGUUAUCAUCCCAUUUAUUCCCACUAUUAUCGACCAAUUAAUCAAUGUUAACGGAAUGUUGUGUGGGAUACGCAUUCACAUGGCCACGACACAUCACAGCACACACGUCGUCGUUCAGAUCAUCCCAUUCCCGGGUGGGGGGUGUUUUUUGGGAUAGUGCACAAACGUAAAACUCGGGCUCACGGAACGCAGGUAGCACAGCGCCUUUUCAGCAUAAUUUUAAGCGUUAACUUGUCCCGUCACCCACCUAAUCAGCAGUUCAGUCCCGGUGGCCCGUUUUAAAUUAGUUCUCCGGGCGGCCCGGGCAGUGUGUAAAAUGCAAUUAAUGACGAAGAGCGUGUAUGUUCGUAGGACAGUUUCCUAGUUUCAAGUUUCCCCCGCAGACGCUUGCGCUGGAAUGCGUGGAAUCAAAUUUUAAACCCCAAUUGUAAGACCCAAGUAGAUAAACGCAGCUCGAGCGAAAAAAAUUAACGAAAAAACCAGUUAUAGGAACAAAUAAU